AUGUUGUCUUCUACAGAUUCCAAUCUGACACCACAGGUAGCCUACUCCAGCACACAGGCUUGCAUCCAGUCUUUUGUCCGAGACCUACAAAAUUACGACCAGCAACUUAGCAAGCUGUUGGACAAUUUACAAGGAAUGGUAAACGAUGUGGAGUGCCUCCAUCGGCAUUAUGAUAAGGUCACCAAGGAGAAAGAUUGUCUUGAUACGAUAUUGAAAAAGUCAGAGGAUAACAUCCGGGGUGUUCGACGCAUUGUCGGCCGCUAUAGUAUCGUCAAGGAUGCCGUUGUCGCAAGCGACGGGUUUACAUAUGAACGGAAUAUUAUAACGGAGUAUAUCGAAAGCUGCAAGAAGAGUGGUACCACACCCAUAUCUCAUCAAACGAAUGAACCCAUAACAUCUCUCCUAAUUCCCAAUCGCUCUCUGAUGAAAUUGCUGGACGGUCUCACAGAGUUACUCAGCACCGACACUGCACAUUACCAGUCUGAGGGAGGCGAUAAUGCUCCAAACCAGCUCAGUACCAUCGAUGCCAAGGGUGAUGCACCCUCUAUAGCGGCAGGGGCAGGUACAACCAGUAGCCCAUCUGCCAAUCAGGAUUCAAGUGUGGGAGGAAACAACAACAACAACACCAAUCGGAGUACUGCUGAAGUGAACGCUCUUGGGGAGCGUUUACAUCCGUGCAUUCGAGUCUACGGCUUCUGCAAUUACAAGGGCGGUUGCUCGUAUGCCAAGUACCCGUAUGAUGCUUGUCUUUCUAACCUAAAGGGCAGGUGUCGCUUCCGCAAUCAUUGCCACGAGCGGCAUGUUGAAUUCUGUGGCCCGCUUGAUGACUAUGGUAGACCUAUUAGCGAACCCAGUAACAACACCAACAACUACAGUAUCAUUCAGAAUGCUUCUAGUACUGUAGAGGACACUAUGACUGCGCAGAAGGAGAAGGCUGAGUCACAUUAG